AUGAUAAGCACAAAUGACUUCUACAACGUGAUGUGCUCAAUGGUGCCACUCUACUUCGCAAUGCUGGUGGCCUACGCGUCGGUGAAGUGGUGGGGAAUAUUCUCUCCGGAGCAGUGCUCCGGCAUCAACCGGUUCGUGGCGGUGUUUGCGGUUCCGGUGUUGUCGUUCCACUUCAUCUCUCAGAACAACCCUUACCAAAUGGACACCAAAUUCAUAUUGGCCGACACUCUCUCCAAAUCACUCGUCCUCGUCUCGCUAUCGAUUUGGUGCGUAUGUAAAGGCCAAAUCGACUGGCUAAUCACUCUCUUUUCGGUAUCGACUUUGCCCAACACUCUUGUUAUGGGCAUCCCUUUGCUCAAAGCAAUGUACGGCGACUUCACUACAUCUCUCAUGGUUCAAUUAGUCGUUCUCCAAUGCAUCAUCUGGUAUACGCUGUUGCUCUUCCUCUUUGAAUACAGGGCGGCGGCGAUACUUAUCCAGACGCAGUUCCCCGGACAAGCGGCGGCCGCCAUAACCAAAUUCGAAAUAGACAAUGACGUCAUCUCACUCGACGGGCGGGACCCACUUCUCACCGAGUCCGAAGUCGACGACAACGGCCGUAUCCACGUCCGGAUCCGACGGUCCACGUCAUCGGCCGCCACCUCCGUGGGGCCCACCCCCAGGGGUUCGAAUCUCUCCAACGCCGAAAUCUUCUCCAUCGGCACCCCGCUCGAGUACGGGUUCGGGUUCCGACCCGUCAGCCCGGCCGGGUUUUCUGCGGGCUACGCCUCGUCGGAUGCUUAUUCUCUGCAGCCCACGCCGAGGGCUUCGAGUUUCAACGAGCUUGAUUCCGCCGCCGCGAGCCCGGUUGCCGGGAAGAUUUUCCGGCAGCCUUCUCCGGUGGUGAAAAUGGUGUGGGAGUCCCCGGAGGAAGGACACGGGUUCGGAGAUGUUGCGGAGAAAGAUCUAAGCUUCAGAGAUUGCGGAAGGAUUUCAGUGGAAGAAGGAUUAGAUAUGAAGGAAACAUCAACCAAUCAAGAAAUGCCACGUGCCCUAGUAAUGCUAAGGCUUAUACUAAUCAUGGUUGGAAGGAAGCUUCUACGUAACCCCAACACUUAUUCCAGCGUUUUAGGCCUUUCUUGGUCUCUAAUCUCCUUUAAAUGGAACGUGGGAAUGCCAAGUUUGGUUAAAUACUCUGUCAAAAUCAUUUCAGAUGCAGGGCUAGGAAUGGCAAUGUUCAGUUUGGGGCUUUUUAUGGCACUUCAGCCUCGAUUAAUAGCAUGCGGUACGAAAAUGGCAACAAUAUCGAUGCUGAUUAGAUUCAUCGGAGGCCCGAUUUUGAUGUGCGCCGCUUCUUUCGCCGUCGGGCUUAGAGGGGCCCACCUUCACGCCGCCAUAGUUCAGGCAGCUCUGCCGCAAGGGAUUGUUCCGUUUGUGUUUGCACGAGAAUACGGAUUGCAUCCAGACAUACUAAGUACCGGGGUUAUUUUUGGAAUGUUGGUGUCCUUACCGGUAACUCUCAUGUAUUACAUAUUAUUGGGCUUAUGAAGGGUAAUAAUCUGGUGCGAUGCAGCGAGAAUAAUCGAUGUUAUCCGACUACUUUUUUUUUUCUGAUUAUUGUAUCACUACAUUUUGAACUGACAAGAGAAAGAUGUUUUAAGGGUCCUGUAAUUAAAUCCGACUAAAUUA